CCCCUCUAAUCUCUAUGGAUCUAUAUUUAGAAAACCAAAACCAACACCAACUGUUUUAACUGUACCAUUUGUAUGCCUUCGGCUCCCUCCUUUAACUCAUUGACCUCCUCCCAUUUUUUUCUCUCUUUCUCUCUCCAAAUAUGUUCAUAAUAUUAACCUUAAAUCUUUGAUUCCAUUUUCUUAGGAAAAACAACCCAAAAAUCCCACCUACAUUGCCAAAUUCACAAACCCAAAACCCUGCAAAUUUUAAUUGGGGAAUUUAAUCAAACAGGAAGAGGGCAUUGUGAUGAGCAACAAUCACAAAGAAGGUGAUUCCUCAAAAUGGAUUCUUGAUAGCGUUGAAAUUGAUCAAAUUACAGAUGCGCCCAACCAUAAUGAGAGCAGCAGCAGCAGCAGUAGUAAUAAUAAUAAUCAUAAUAACAUCCCUCAGAAAAGUCCCAGGGGACUGAAUUUUAGUAGAAUUGGAAGCAAUACCAAGAAAAGGUUUGGAAUUCUGGGAAAUGGGAAUGCAAAUGGUAAUGGGAAUAGCAACGCUGCUCAACCUAAGAUGGGAAGGAUGCGAUCAACUGCUGCAAGAGGUUUGCAGAGUCUUAGAUUCCUCGAUGGCGCCACCGGUAAGGAUGGCGAUGCCUGGAAACCUGUUGAGAAGAGGUUUAAACAGAAUGCUGUCAAUGGCAGAGUCCCUAGAGACAAGUUUAGUGCUGUCAUUGGAAUGGGAAAUUCGAAAGAAUUUGCAGGGGAAUUGUAUGAUACAUUAGCUAGAAGAAGGAAUUUGGAUGCUUCAAAUGGGAUUACACUUGAUGAAAUGAGGAUGUUUUGGGAAGAUAUGACUAGUCAAGAGAUUGAUGCCCGUUUGCAGAUCUUCUUUGAUAUGUGUGACAAGAAUGGAGAUGGGAAAUUAUCAGAAGAUGAGGUUCGCGAGGUGUUAGUGUUGAGUGCCUCAGCUAACCAACUAAAUAAACUCAAGUCACAAGCAGGAAACUACGCAGCUUUGAUCAUGGAAGAAUUAGACCCUGAUCACCAAGGAUACAUAGAGUUAUGGCAACUUGAAACUUUGCUAAGGGGAAUGGUGACUUCUACCGAUGAAGGAACCAAGCUUAAGAGGACCCAAACCCUAACAAAAACCAUGAUCCCAAAGAUGUUCAGGAACCCAGUUUCGAAAGUGGUAAAUAGCACAAAAGAGUUUAUUCUGGAUAAUGGGAAGAGAAUUUGGGCAGUUGGACUUUGGCUAACUAUAAAUAUCUGCCUCUUCUAUUAUAAGUUUCACUAUUAUGAGAAGCAUCCAGCCUUUCAAGUUAUGGGUUAUUGUGUCUGUGUUGCAAAGGGUGCUGCUGAGACUCUCAAAUUCAAUAUGGCCCUCAUCUUGCUUCCAGUUUGUAGAAGAACUCUUACCCGGUUAAGAUCAACAUUUCUUAGUAGAAUUUUUCCUUUCGAUGAUAAUAUCAACUUUCACAAGAUGGUAGCUGCUGGGAUCACAAUUGGGACUUUUUUGCAUGUUUUAAUGCACUUGAGUUGUGAUUUUCCAAGGCUCAUUUUAUGUCCAAAAAACAAAUUUAUGAGGUGGCUCGGUCCAAACUUUAACUUCAAGCAGCCAAAUUUUCUUGAUUUGGUUAGUAGCAUACCGGGAAUGACUGGUAUUAUCAUGAUCCUUCUUAUGGCUUUUGCCUUCACACUAGCAACUCACUCUUUUAGAAGGAAUGUUAUCAAGUUGCCGUGGCCAUUCCUUCAAUUGGCCGGGUUUAAUGCCUUCUGGUAUGCGCAUCACCUGCUGUUUGUUGUCUAUAUUCUCUUGGUUGUUCAUGGGUAUUUCCUGUUUCUCACUAAGGAGUGGUUCAACAAAACGACAUGGAUGUAUCUUGUUUUCCCGGUUUUGCUGUAUGCUAGUGAGAGAACAUUGACAUCCAUACAUGACCACAAUCAUCAUGUCAACAUCCUAAAGGCUGUCGUAUAUGAAGGAAAUGUCCUGGCGUUAUACAUGAGCAAACCACCUGGUUUUAAGUACAAGAGUGGAAUGUACUUGUUCGUCAAGUGUCCGGAUAUCUCAAGCUUUGAAUGGCAUCCCUUCUCUAUUACUUCAGCACCUGGUGAUGCCUAUUUGAGUGUACAUAUUAGAGCCUUGGGAGAUUGGACAAAUGCACUUCGGGAUAGAUUUGCUAAGACCUGUGAACCUACAACCAGUCGUCCUGCAAAAGGGAGGCUCAUGAGAAUGGAAACCAAACAAAUGAAUGACUUCGACAUACAACCACCAAGUUUUCCACAUAUAAUCAUCAAAGGCCCAUAUGGAGCACCAGCACAGAAUUAUAAAAAGUAUGACAUUCUUUUACUUAUUGGACUCGGGAUUGGAGCAACUCCCUUUAUCAGCAUUCUCAAGGAUCUCUUAAAUAACUUGAAAGAAAACAAUACAGAGGAUAUAGAGAGACAAAAGGGGCCUCAAAGAGCGUACUUCUAUUGGUCUACCAGAGAACAAGCCUCCUUUGAUUGGUUUAAGGGUGUCAUGGAUGAUAUUGCAGAAUAUGAUACAGAUAAUGUGAUAGAAAUGCAUAACUACUUAACUAGUGUGUAUGAAGAAGGUGAUGCUCGAUCAGCACUUAUUCAAAUGGUGCAGUCAUUGCAGCAUGCUAAGAAUGGAGUCGAUGUGGUGUCUGAAAGCCGGAUAAGAACCCAUUUUGCAAGGCCUAACUGGAGAAAGGUGUUUACACAAUUAGCUGCAUCACACGCAUCACAAAGAAUAGGUGUUUUCUAUUGUGGAAGCCCAAAUCUGACUAAACCGCUGAGGCUGCUUUGCCAAGAAUUCAGUCUUACCAGUACCACCCGUUUCCACUUCCACAAGGAGAACUUUUAGGUGUAUGUAGUAUAAAUUUUGCUGGUAGAUUGUAUCUUAUGUUAGAAUGAGUUCUGCCUGUUUCUUUUCCUUCCCUCUUUUUGUUCAUACAACAUACUAUAUUACUAACAACACAACAUAAACUAAAAAACCAAGCUUCGGUUUUUCAGUUUUUUGUUUGGGUAGCAGUAGGUCGAUCUUUAUACUAAACGAAAGUGAGCUAUGCUUGUUUGUUACUCCUUAUACGGUACCAAAGCUUAAAAUUUUGUGUUUUUCAUAGAA